CCUCUCCACAUUUUCUCAACUUGUCAAUCUACGCGUUCACACUUGCAUAUUUCAUAUUUCAAAAAAGCCAAACACCUUUUCUCCUCUUUUUUUACUAUUUUGCUGCUGCUUCUUCCUCAAUUUCCUUGUUAUGGUUGUUGUCUGCAAAUCUCACCUUAUAUGAAACUCGACCUCCAAACAGACCCAGCAGCUGAAGACCACGCCACCGUCUACUCCCUCCUCCAGAACUCUCUACACACGCAAAUGAACGAGAACGGAAGCGCCAAGAAGCGGCGUCGUAGAGACACCGGCGGCGGCGAGAAGAAGAAGAAGGACCUCAAGGGAAUAAUCGCCUCCUUGUCGUUGCUCGAAGAGCAGGAGAAGCAGGACGAGCGCGACCACGACAGGGCAUCGAAUGACGACGCGUCGUUAAUAGAAGAGACGCACAAGGAGAGGAACAAGGCCAUGCUGGAGUACUACUCCGAUUUGCAGGAGUGCUACUCGGAGGUGGAAGAAUCCGAAACGAUGAAGCGGAGAAAAUCAAGAAGCGCCGCCUGUGCGGUGGUGGUGACGGCGGCGGUGUCGGCGGAAGCUGAUGGAGUCGAAAAAGGUAAACCGGGAGUCGGGUCGGGUCACCAUCGGCGGCUGUGGGUCAAGGACAGGUCGAAAGCGUGGUGGGACGAGUGCAACCAGCCGGAUUUUCCGGAUUCGGAAUUCAAAAAGGCGUUUCGGAUGGGGAAGUCCACGUUCGAUUUAAUAUGCGAGGAGCUCAACUCCGCCAUCGCGAAGGAGGACACGACGCUGCGGAACGCGAUUCCGGUGCGACAGAGAGUGGCGGUGUGCCUUUGGCGGCUGGCCACCGGCGACCCGCUCCGCCUCGUGUCGAAACGAUUCGGACUCGGCAUCUCGACCUGCCACAAGCUCGUCCUUGAGGUCUGCUCCGCGAUCCGGACGGUGCUGAUGCCCAAGUACCUGCAGUGGCCGGAGGAGAGCGCGGCGAGGAAAAUUAAAGACGAGUUCGAGGGUAUUUCGGGAAUUCCAAACGUUGCUGGGUCUAUGUACACUACGCAUAUACCCAUCAUCGCACCCAAAGUCAGCGUUGCUGCAUAUUUCAAUAAACGGCACACGGAGAGGAACCAGAAGACUUCGUACUCGAUUACUGUGCAGGGCGUGGUGGACCCCAAAGGCGUUUUUGCCGAUGUGUGCAUCGGAUGGCCAGGAUCAAUGCCGGAUGAUCAGGUGCUGGAGAAAUCGGCGUUAAAUCAGAGGGCUAAUAACGGUUUGCUGAAGAACGUGUGGAUUGUUGGGGGUGCUGGGUACCCUUUGAUGGACUGGGUGCUGGUGCCUUACACCCAGCAGAACCUAACGUGGACCCAGCACGCUUUCAACGAGAAGAUUGGGGAGAUUCAGAAUGUGGCCAGAGAUGCGUUUGCUAGGUUGAAGGGAAGGUGGUUUUGCUUGCAGAAGAGGACGGAGGUGAAGCUGCAGGACUUGCCGGUGGUUCUCGGGGCGUGCUGUGUUUUGCACAACAUUUGUGAGUUGAGGAAUGAGGAGAUGGAGCCCGAGCUCCGGUUCGAGCUCAUCGACGACGAGAUGGUCCCGGAGGUCGCUCUUAGGUCGACGAGCUCGAUGAAGGCUAGGGAUGCCAUUGCCCAUAAUCUAUUGCACCAUGGCCUGGCGGGCACUAGUUUCCUUUAGGUCACACCGCUCGGCUCCUUACAUUUGGAAAUCGCAAUCUGACACGUGCAAUGCAAGAAGCAGAGAUUCUCAAAAUUAUUAUUCUUUUGGUUAUUGGUUGUAAUUUGUGUGUAAGGGCUCUCUGUAAAAGGUAUACUUUGCCCCUCUACACAAAUGGAUGAAUUGUAUUUUGUAGUAGUCUUUUUAUAAGCUAAGUUAUAUACAUCAAGAACACAGAAACACGGUGCUGUAGCAUGAGAUUACACUCCAAUUGCCAUAUAAGAGAACAUAAAUUAUUUA